UGGCGGUUUUUCGUCCUUCCAAACCAAAUUACACCAAUCAUUUCACCUUCUUCCCUCUCUUCGCUCGCUAAUUAGUUCUUCACAGUUCACACUCUUGAAAUUGUUCUCCGACAUUUUUACCUCAAUUUCGAAAUUGCGCAGAAGCUCUAAAAAUGACAGCUGCAAUUGCAAACCUUCAACAAUUUAAUUUUGAUUACAGGGGAACAACAUUUAUCCCUACUAUCAAUUCUUCUUCUUCUCAUCAUUCUUUCUCCAAAGUUGGGAUUAAUUCUCAGAUAUUGGACAAAAAAGAUGCAAGUUUGAAGAAGAUAUGUUGCAGUAAUAAGAGAUUGCUGCGUAGUAGAUUUCUGGUUACAAGAUGCAGUGGUGGUAGUUCUAGCUCAAAUGAUACUUUGGAAGAGUCUUCUAGUCAAACUAAGGUGCCUUUUGGGUACAGCAGGAAGGAUGUGCUGCUGAUUGGGUUAGGAGUAACUGCUUUUGGAGUGGGAUUGAAGAGUGGAUUGGAGUUUGUUGGAGUUGAUCCAUUACAAGCAGGAAAUGUGGUUCAGCUACUUGUAGUCUUAGGCAUGACAGUUGGAUGGAUUUCGUCCUAUAUGAUUCGGGUUGCAAGUAAAGACAUGACAUACGCUAAGCAGUUGCGAGACUACGAGGGCAAAGUGAUGGAGAAACGAUUGGAAGGCCUUACUGAAGCAGAAAUUCAAGUUUUAAUCGAGCAAGUCGAAGAAGAGAAAAGAGUUGCAAGCCUUGCAGCUAACAACAGACCCAACAGUGAGCAGGUUAAUUAGCUUAAAACAUGGUUUCUGGUAAGAAAAUACUAUAGUUUGUGAUCAAGAAAAGUUGUGUAUAGUAUGGUGUAUAAUGUAUAUGGGAGGCUUUGUGACUAUACAAAUUACUAAUUGUGACAAUCACAACGUUUGCCAAAGUCUUAGUUUUGUACAUUAUUGGUCAGGUUGUAUCUUAUUUACAUAAACGGUGUGUUACGUUACAGUUCAAA